CGUGUUAGCUUCACUCAUCUUGUCAAAAUGGCGUUGCUCGUAGUGGGAGACUAGAGUUAAUUCACACUGUGGCAUUUUAUUCCGUUAUUCUACCAUACGAGACGUUAGCCACGGACACUAUGGCGACUCUGGAUCAGAAAUCACCCAACGUGCUUCUCCAGAGCCUCUGCUGCAGAAUCACGGGGAAAAGUGAAGCUGAAGUCGCCCACCAGUUCCAGUAUGCAGUGCGAGUCAUUGGCAGUAACUACGCCCCCAGCAUUGAACGGGAUGAGUUCCUGGUGUCGGAGAAGAUCAAGAAAGAAUUGCUGAAGCAGCGGAGAGAAGCAGACGCCGCUCUGUUCUCCGAGCUGCACAGAAAACUUCAGACACAGGGUGUUUUGAAGCAUCGCUGGUCUGUUCUCUACUUGCUGCUCAGCCUCUCUGAAGACCCCCGCAAACCAUCCAGCAGGGUUGGAAAUUACGGGGCGUUGUUUGCCCAGGCCCUCCAGAGGGACGCCCACUCCACCCCGUUCUACUGCACCCGGCCACAGAGCCUGGCCCUGAGCUACGGGGAAAGGAGCGCGGGCCUGUCAGCCAGCGUGGGGACCAGCGGGAUCUCCAGUCUGGGAGUCUACACACUGAACGGCCCCACGCCGACUCCACAGUCACUGCUGGCUGGUCAACCUCCUCCGUCUGCAGCUGCAGGCGGUCAGCCUCUGGGCUCUCGUCUGGCCUGGGCUCUUCCUGUAAGUUCCUCCCCUUCCUCUGCCCUGGCCCCCCCCGCCAACCGGCCACUCCUCGGACCUCCAGCUCCCUCCGCCAGAGUUGUCCGUCCUCGCCGAGAUGGCGACGGAACCGGGGAGGUGAGCGAGGCGUUGCUGGUGCGGGACAUCCUCUACGUCUUCCAGGGAAUCGAUGGCAAGUUCAUCAAGAUGAGCGCCCAAGAUAACUGCUACAAAAUAGACAGCAAGGUGGUGUUGUGCAAGUCCCUGAGGGACACCAGCAGCAGACUGGCUGAGCUCGGAUGGCUCCACAACAAAGUCAGGAAGUACACCGACGCCAGGAGCCUCGACCGGGCCUUUGGACUGGUCGGACAGAGCUUCUGUUCCUCGCUCCACCAGGAGCUGAAAGAGUACUACAGACUCCUCUCUGUCCUCCACUCCCAGUUGCAGGUAGAGGAUGAUCAGGGUGUGACCGUGUGCACGGAGAGCACUUUGACUCUCAGGAGGCUGCUGGUCUGGAUGUACGACCCCAAAGUCCGGCUCAAAACACUGGCCGCCCUCGUCGACUUCUGCCAAGGUCGGAAGGGAGGCGAGCUGGCCUCAGCUGUCCACGCCUACGGGAAAACAGGAGACCCACAGAUGAGAGCGCUGGUUCAACACAUCCUCAGCCUCGUGUCGCACCCCAUCCUUAACUUUCUCUAUAGGUGGAUCUACGACGGAGAGCUGGAAGACACCUACCACGAGUUCUUCGUGGCGUCAGAUCCCAAUGUGAAGACGGAUCGCCUGUGGCACGACAAGUACUCCCUCAGGAAGUCAAUGAUCCCCUCAUUCAUCACCAUGGACCAGGCCCGGAAGGUCCUGCUGAUCGGCAAAUCCAUCAACUUCCUGCAUCAGGUUUGUCAUGACAGAACGCCGCCGGGCAAAAUCACAUCGGCAUCCAAGUCUGCAGACACGCCCAAAGACGCUGCGGAGCUGCUGUCGGACCUGGAGGGAGCAUUCCAGGAGAAGAUCGACGCCGCCUACUUUGACACCAGCAAAUACCUGCUGGACGUUCUCAACCGUAACUAUCUGCUGCUGGAGCAUCUACAGGCCAUGAGGAGAUACCUGCUGCUGGGCCAGGGAGACUUCAUCAGGCACCUCAUGGACCUGCUCAAACCGGAGCUGGCACGACCUGCCACCACUUUGUACCAACACAACUUGACUGGUAUCUUAGAGACAGCAGUCAGAGCCACCAACGCCCAGUAUGACAACGCAGAGAUCCUCAAGAGGCUGGAUGUACGCCUGCUGGAGGUGUCUCCAGGUGAUACAGGCUGGGAUGUGUUUAGCCUGGACUACCAUGUAGAUGGACCCAUUGCUACGGUGUUUACGAGGGAAUGUAUGGGCCACUACCUGCGUGUGUUCAACUUCCUGUGGAGAGCCAAGAGGAUGGAGUACACGCUGACUGACAUCUGGAAGGGCCAGAUGUGUAAUGCCAAGCUGCUCAAAACUAUGCCUGAGUUGUCCGGCGUACUGCAUCAGUGUCACAUCCUGGCCUCAGAGAUGGUCCACUUCAUCCACCAGAUGCAGUACUACAUCACCUUCGAGGUGCUGGAGUGCUCCUGGGAUGAGCUGUGGAACAAAGUGCAGCAAGCUCAAGACCUCGACCACAUCAUCGCUGCCCAUGAUGUCUUCCUGGAUACCAUCAUCUCUAGAUGCCUGUUGGACAAUAACAGCAGGUCUCUUUUGAACCAGCUGAGGGCCAUAUUCGACCAGAUCAUCGAGUUUCAGAGCGCCCAGGACUCCCUCUACCGCUCUGCACUGGAAGAACUCGCCCUCCGACUGCAGUAUGAGGAGAAGAAGAAGCAGAGAGAGGAGGAGGGUCAGUGGGGAGUGACGGCCGAACAGGAAGCAGAGGAGAAGAAGAGGAUUCAGGACUUCCAGGAAACCAUACCAAAGAUGCGCUCCCAGCUCCGCAUCCUCACUCACUUCUACCAGAGCAUCGUCCAGCAGUUCCUGGUGUUGCUGAUGACCAGUUCGGAUGAGAGUCUGCGUUUCCUCAGCUUCAGACUGGACUUCAAUGAACACUACAGGGCCAGAGAGCCGAGGCUGCGAGCCUCACUAGGCGCCACGAGGGGGCGACGGAUGUCAAACAUCUGACACGUCGACAGCAAUCGACAACAAAUCCAGUCGUUGGAGCGUGGAGUACGACAUCACAGCGGGAAGUGGUGACAUCACAGAAACGG